CUCUAUGGCUAUUGCUACCAAGACAGCAAUGACAUCCCAGACACGCUGACGACCAUCACUGAGCUAGGCUCGCCUUUAGAGAUGAUCCAGCUUCUACAGGCUUCCUGGGAAGACAGAUUUCGAAUCUGUCUCAGCUUAGUUCGGCUUCUGCAUUAUUUGGCUCACUCUCCUCUUGGCUCCGUGACAUUACUGGAUUUUCGCCCUCGGCAGUUUGUGAUCGUGGAUGGGGAACUGAAGGUCACAGAUCUGGAUGAUGCCAGCAUUGAGGAGAGCUCUUGCACCAGUAACAGCGACUGCUUCAUGGAAUUCCCUGCAAGAAACUUCACCCUGACCUGUUCAGUUGAGGGACGGUGUCAAAGUAUGAAUGAAAAGAGGAAUCUCUACAAUGCCUACAGGUUCUUUUUCACGUAUCUUCUUCCACACAGUGCUCCAUCCUCACUGAAACCAUUACUGGAUAAGAUAGUCAAUGCAACAGGAGAACUUCACUGGGGAAUAGAUGAGACGGCUGCUCAGCUAGAGAGAGUCUUGAAUCUGUAUAAGAGUGGAGAGUACCUACAGAACACGACCCGCAUGCCAAAAGCUGAGUACAGACGGGUGCCUGAAGCUUUUAUUCCUGAUGAGAACUACAGAUGCUGGCCAUCCUACCACCAUAAGGGCUGCCUCCUCUCUGUGUUUGAUGUCAACGAAGCCAUUGAGAUCUGUGAUAGCUACUCCCAGUGCAAAGCUUUUGUCCUUACCAACCAGACAACGUGGACAGGUCGGCAGCUUGUCUUCUUCAAGAUGGCCUCAAAUCAUAUCAUGCCUGAUCCUGACAAGAUAACAUAUGUGAAGGUGACAGACUGA